GAUUCAUGUUAGAGUUUAAGUUAUAUCUAUCAUCGGUGUAAAGAAUUUUUUAAACUAUCAUGUCACUCAAACAUAUCUACAGAUAAGUCUCUAUCUUGUAAAAAUUCAUUAUAUAUAUUGACGGUUUAUGUAACAUAAACAGUAGUUGUAAGAGCUUUUUUCCCCAUAAAUUUCAUCAUCUUCUUGUUAUAUGAUCAUCUUUAUAUAUGCAGAUCUAGUGUCUAUGAGCCGAGGGUCUUUUGGAAAUAGUCUCUCUACCCGGAGGGGUAGGGGUAAGGCAACUCUAACAACCACCAUGAAUACCAAUUCAAGAGACUCUUCCUUAACCUAUAAGAAAAAUCAGGAGGAUCAGCUGAAUUCAACAAAAGCUCAGAUUGGCGAAGCGAAAGAAGAAAACGAAAAGCUAAAGUCCAUGCUAUCUAAAAUCAUGAAGGAUUACCAAUCUUUACAAAUGCAUUUUCAAGGCAUAUCUCAUAAACCUCAAAAUUCAAAGGAUAUUAUUGCAACAAGUAUUGAACAAGAAGAAGAAGUGGACCUUGUUUCACUUAGCCUAGGGAGAAGUUCAAGAGAGUUCAAGCAAGAUGAAAAAGAAUAUGAUCAAAAUGAGUGUAAAGAUAUUAAAAAGCAAAGUAAAUUAUUUGAUGGGCUUGAGCUGGGUUUGGACUGCAGAUUUAGUCUAGAUUUUACUGAAGUCACGAAAAAUUAUGAUGAUAGCCCAGAAAAUAGCUUCGAGGAAUCAAAGAAGGAGCAUAUCACUGAACCAUGUGUACAAAAUUACACUAGUUCAAAAAUGCCACGAAUUUGUGGAGAUGAGGAUGAAGAUUUUCUGCAGCAGAACCCUCAAAAGAAAGCUAGGGUAUCUAUAAGAGCUGUGUGUGACACUACUACGAUGAAUGAUGGAUGUCAAUGGAGAAAAUAUGGACAAAAAAUAGCAAAAGGGAAUCCAUGUCCUAGGGCAUACUACCGUUGCACUGUCUCCCCAUCCUGCCCUGUCAGAAAACAGGUUCAAAGGUGUUUUGAAGACAUGUCCAUAUUGAUCACCACCUAUGAAGGAACACACAAUCACCCCCUUCCAUUUUCAGCCACUGCCAUGGCUUCCACCACCUCUGCCGCUGCCUCUAUGCUUAGUUGCACCUCCUCCUCAACAUCACAACAAGGGAUAACAGAUGCUAAUAAUAAUAAUCUUAAUGGGUUCAACUUCACCACUUCAAAUUGUAAUAACUUAGCCACACAUGCACCAAAUACUUUUUACUUACCAAAAACUUCCAUUUCCACAUCCCAAACACACCCUACAAUCACUCUUGAUUUCACUACUGUUCCUGCUACAACAUCAUCAUCUACUCAUACAUUCUCUUCUCAAAGAUAUUCUUCCACUUCUCUCAAUUUCUCCACACUACCAUCAACUCCUCCUUCUUCUUCCUUCAUUAAUUCCUUCAAAAGCCAAGUUGGCGCUUCAUAUCUUGGGAGGCCAUGCUUUUCUCAGCCCUUCACUUCCAACAACACUCGGAAUACGGAGGACAGUGAUGGAGCCAGAAAUUCUAACAUGUGGAUUCAAAAAAGGUCAAAAGUGUCGCACCUAGGAUUUGACUCUGUGACGUAAAGCAAAAUUUUGAACCACUUUUACGCUUAACUAGAAUCUGCCUUAAUGUUAAUGGAAAUAAAAAAUUCCUAUAUACAAAAGUAUUUGCUUUUGAUCAAUUUUGUAUAGUGUAAUUUUCCGACAAAGGAGAUUUUUGCAUCAA